AAUAAACAUCGAAAGGUGCAUCUACUACAGUGAUUCUCAACUAUAUAUGAGAUAAAACUUAUAAUAAUGGUGGACGAGAAGACUAUGAUGAAUACGUAUUUACGAUGAAGUAGCUUGAGUAUAUUGAAAUGACAACAAAUGAUUGGUAUUAUUGGCAAUAGUAUAAUAUGAGAUGAAAAAAAAAGACAUUUCGGCACGAAUGGGAGUGCACUUUGUUGGUGCAAGAAAAAUUCCCUUUUGAAUUCUUGUUGGUGAAUGCAGGUUAUGUGAGCAUUGAAACGGGUCAUUAUUCAUCAUUUUUCUUACAAAUUGGCCAAAAUGGGCCAGGGUACAGAUACAUGCACAGAUAGACCUGCUGAAGUUAGCGUCAUUAGAUUUGUGUCUAGAAAUCGUACCAUUGAGGAAAUAGCCCCCAAAAAGGAAAUAUAUACUUGCAAACAACGAGGUUGUGGUAAGACAUUUACGAAUCAAGAUGAAUAUAAAACACAUGAAGCUCUUGAAGCUUUAAAAAUUAGGUUUAUCUGUCGAGAACCAGGAUGUGGAGAAGAAUUAUCUGAUCCAGGAAGUAUGUGGCGCCAUUAUCAAGAAUGGCAUAAUAAUGAAACAAAUGUAUUUAUAUGUCCAUAUACAAAUUGUGGAUCUUUACAUACAACUAGUAUCAAUCUUGAAGAACAUAUCGAAAACUGUCAUAGACAACCACCAUCAUUACCAACUGAACCAGAAGUAAUAUGCUUUGAAGAUCCUGAAAAUGCAAUAGAUGAAGAAAAUGUACAAAGCACAGAAGAAUGUUAUGAAAAAAGAGCAAAUGAAACUUUUGGAAUAAAAAUAUGUCAAUAUGAUGAUAAUGAGCGAAAUUUUCUCAGAAAUGAUAAUGUACAAAAAAAUGAAGUUUCCCAUGAUCAGAAUGUUGCAAAUGAUAGUUCAAAAGAUUAUUCUUCCACUAAUGAAUCUUUAAAUGAAACUAAUACAUUUCCUAUGAAUGAGAAUUUAAUUCUAAAUACAGAAAAUUUUCUAUCCAAAUAUGAGAAUAAUACAAAUAAAAGCUCAGAAUUACAAACUGAACAUUCCCAAGAAAAAAAUAGUUUAAUUUAUGUAAAUGGUGAUAUUACCAUUACAAAAAAUACAAAAAAUGAAAUAUGUAAUAUGAAUUCAAGAAAUCAAGAACAUAGGAUUGAACUAGAUAAUUUAGAAAGAAUUGUUAGAAAUGAACUUGAUCGCGAUAUUCCGAAAACUGAAGAAAAUACUAUAGAAACAAAUAGUAAUUGCUCAGAUGAUGAAGAAUAUACUCCAAAAAAACAACGCAUGUCUAGGUAUAAACAAGAAAUUUACAAAUGUGCUGUUAAUGGCUGUGGGAGAAAAUACAAAUACAUAUCCCAUUAUCGUCAUCAUCAAGAUAGUCAUAAAAUAGCAACCAAUAAUAGUUCAAUUAGUUCAAAUUCUAAUAAAUCAAUAUUAAAAUUAAAACAAGGGAAAGCUUCAACAGUUAGUUUUUUCUUAUGCAAGAUUCCUGGAUGUGGAGCUCAAGUGAGUAAUGUAACUGGUCUAUGGAAACAUUAUCAGGAUAAUCAUGCUAAUUCAAAACUAUCAAUAAUACAAGGAAGUAAAAAUAGUGAAAUAUUUCGUUGCAAAAUUCCUGGAUGUGAAACAGAAUUUAGUACAACAGUAAUGUUGUAUAAACACUUUACUGAAGUACAUUCAAAUGGUACUGGUAAUAAUAUUAAUAGCACAAAUACAAAGACUGGGAGUAGUUUUCAUUAUACUGAAAUAUUUAAAGAUGAUACUACUAAUUUGCAAGCAAAUUUUAAGACUGAUUUUAAAGCAAAGAAUAAUAUUAAUGUAAAUGACUGUACGAUAAGUACUGAUGAUCAAAGAUCAUUAUCAGUUGUUAAGAAGGAAGCAAGGGAUUGACUUCAAAAUAAAUUGAUAUUAUAAAUGUGAGGAUAAAUAAUUGUAGUGAUGAAUCAGAGUACUUUACUAGGGCCAAAAAUAUUCAAAUUAUGAAAUAAAUUAUUGUUUUGAAUUCUUUUUACAAACAGAAAAUGUCCUAUUUUUUAUUUUUUGUCUUUUUGCCUAGUCACUUUUUAUUAUGUUUUUAUUAUUGGCCCUUGUUAAUUACUCAAAUCUUUGAUUUAAAGUUACAGUCACAAAGACUGUAAGACUGAAAUAGAGAGAUAACUUGAAGAUUAUCAGAGUUAUUUCUCUAUGGUUUUCAAUUAUUUCAUUGUAAAAACCAUACAACAAGUUUCAUACUUUAUAAUAUUAUAAUAAACAAAUAUUCAGAUUUGUAUUAAUAUUUAGAAAUAACUAACA